UAACUCUCACUGCAUUGUUGCCCGACUUUAAACUCUCGGGCAUCUUGCUUUCCGUUGCUUUAAACUUGUUUCUCUUCAUUCUUGUCUUUGUCGGGUAAUACUUCCUUCCAUCUAUCAUCCCAUCCCCCAACCAUGCAAAACUGGCGAACAGAAUACAUCACCGGAAUCAAGGAUGCCGAGAAGCAACAUCCCGUCAACCGGGAGCUAAUCGCAGCAUACUCCCAACUCUGCGACCGCCUCUCCACCCUCGAAGCCGAAAAAGCCCUCCUCCAAUCUCAACUCCAACAACAACAACAACAACAACAACAACCCCCUCCUUCCUCCUCCCGGAAAACCACCACCACCACCCCGCCUCCAACCUCCCCCCCCUCUUCUGACGAUACCAACGCAACUAUUACCCGCCUCCGCCUUGACCUAACCGAAGCCCUCCGCUCCAAAUCCCAAUUCCAAUCCCGCCUCGCAAAAUCCGACGAUGAGCUCGCCCGCCUCCGCACAAAAACCACCUCCGAUUCCAAAGCCCUCGCAGACCUGACCGCCCAAGCCCGGACACUAUCCCGCAAACUCCGUGACCGAGAAGAAGAACUCCGCGCGAAAAACAAGCUCGUCGCCGACGUCCAAGAUGAGCUCGCCGUGCUAAACAUGCAGCUCGACCAGGUGGAAAAGCAGCGCGCAAAGAGAGAGGCCGAGUACAACCACCUCCUGAGCCGGUAUAUGGUGCGCGUGGAGCAGGAGACCGAGGCGAUGAAUCUGGAGCAUGACAAAUCUUCUUCUUCAUCAACAAAACAGAAGAGGUGAUUUUGCGCGGUGGCAAAGCAAUGUUGGCAUCAGCCAUAUUCACAGGUAUACUUGUGAAUUGUAUGGGGAUAUCUGAACAGAAAAGUAUGUAACGCUUUCAACCUAAACCCAACAAUCAGACCAUAUAACCGUCCUCCAUUUCCAUCCUAGCACCGCGCUUUUUUGAAACGCUCAACGUUUUCAAAAAGCAAAAACGCUCCUUGUCCUAACAGAAACAAAAGAAAAAAGAGACAGGAAAAUUACUUCCUCGUCGAAAUACAAUACGUCCCCGCCGCCCCCGUCCAGCUGACGUACUCCUCCGGGUACGUCAAAUGCUCCACAUCCAAGAUCGACGAAGCGACAUCGUUCUCAGCCAGCUUGUUGUCGUGCACAAACGUCUUGAGCGACACAAUCUUGCAUCCAAUCUUGAGGUCGAGAAACAUGUUGACGAGGUUGUCGUUGAGCUGCGAGGUGAAGGCCUGAUUGUUCACCAGCACCACGUCGGCCCGCUUAAGGGACUCGAGGAUCGGUUCGUUCUUACGGAAAUCGCCCCUCUCGAGGUAGACCUUUCCGGGCGCUACCCCCCACAGCCGGCAGCGGGCGGCGAAUUCCUUUUUCUGCGCGUCGGCGAGGUUGCAGGCGUUUUCCAUCAUUUCGCAUCCCCAACUUUCGCAGCCUAUUUCGAGGGCUGCUUGGAGCACGACGUUGCCAACGCCGGAUCCCAAAUCGACAAAAACCAUGUCCGAGGUCAGUUGGGUGCGCUCGAAAAUGUCCGAGAUGAAGGGGUGGAGGAGCUCGCCGUAGACGUUGUCGGUGCCGUUUUCGUACUUGGCGAGGAGCUCGACUUUGGGGGCUACGGUGCGGUCGUAUACCUGGUCUAGGAUGAAGGCGACGAGUUCCUGCGGGACUCCUCGCAUGGUUUCUAGGUUCUUGGCGAUCACACCUUUGCGCUGGAGGGCGAACAGACUUUCGCUAUAUUCUUUGAGCGCUUCUUUGAAACCCUUGCCAUCGUUUAGAUUUUUGCAGCGUUCUAACCGGCGGUAGAUGCCGGAGUUUUGGUCUAGAAACGGGCGGGCUUCCUCUUCGGAGAGGUAGAUGGAUGCGACGUGGCGGACAACGGUCAGGAUGUCUUGAGCGCCUUCGAUCUUGUCUUUACCUUUUACCAGUUCGUAUCUGUGGAAGAGGUGGACUGUUAGCUUUUUUCAAUGCGCGCAUAUAGACUUGCACUUUUGUCGAGAACAAAAGAUGGCAGUUGUAGAAGGUAGAUAUUAAUAUAGAACAAGCGUACUUCUCCUUGUG